AUGAGGCAUGACAACAGUGGCGAGGCUAGUUUAGAGGAGGGAGGGCGCGCGCCCCUCUCGCGGGCACUCGGGCGGCCCCUCCACGCGCCGGCAGCGGGAAGGGAGGAGGGGAGGCGCGGGGCGGCGGGCCGCGGGCCGCAGCCGCGGCCGCCCUCGCGGGCAGGGGACGAGGAGGCGGCGGCGGCGGCGGGCGGCCGGGCCGGGAGGGCUCCGCCGCGGCCGGACCGAGAGGCGGGGGAAGGCGCGCUGGCCGCCCGGGCCGAGUACUCACCGAGGGGGCCGCGCGGGCUCGGGGCGUCCGCACUCGGGGGACCCGGGGGAGCGCAGCCUCCGCCGCGCCCGCGGCCUCGCAGGGAAGCGCGGCAAGACGGGCGGGCGGCGUCGCUGCUGUCACCGCGCUAUAAAUACCGGCUCGGCCCACACCCGCCGCCGCCGCCGCCGCCUACGCCGGGCGCUCUCCGCAAAGUCCGCCGGCCGCGGGCCGGGCGGCGGGAGCGCGAGGGCGACGGCGCCGCGCCGGGCACCGCGCGGGUCCCAGCGGUGCAGCAGCCUCCGCAGCUGGAGGCACGGCCUCCCGCCGCCCCCGCCCUCCCGCCUGCGCCGCGGCCCGACUCCAGCCAGGGGACCACGCGCCGCGGCUGA